AUGCGACGUAUUGAGUGGACUAAGGACCUAACCUUCUCCCCGCCGUCCCCAUCCGACGCCCUUCUUCUCCGCCAAGGCGGCAAGCCCCUUCCGCCCUCCUCCCAAUGCUUCCCCUGGCGGCCCCACCAUUUCUCCGCGCGCCUCGCUCCGCACGGCGCGUCCUCUCCUGGCGGAAGUUCCGCCGUCCCCCCCGCGCGCGGAGGCACGCCGACGUGCUACGGCACGGCAGGCAGCUGGAAGCAGCAUUCCCUUGACAGGGAGGGACCAGGGGAGCGCAGCAACGGUAAAGACGGCAGCAGCAGGGAAAAGUACCGCACAAGUAGCGCCAGAGACAGCGGCAGGGGUAGCGACUCGGGCAGCGGCAGCGGCAAGGGUAGCGACAGAAGUAGUCACAGCAGUCGUUCCCGUAGCGCGAGCUUGUCGCCUCGCCACAGGACGUCGGGCGUUAUAAAGGAGCCAGCGGAGAGCUCUAUAACGGACAUGAGAGCAGUUAGAGCGGACUUGAAUAAAAGGUUGGAGGAGUGCCGAGCGCAGCAGGCGAGUCAUGGCAGCACGGACAGGCAGGCUUUGGUUAGUGGCGCGGGGAAAGGGCGCGGAGAGGCGGGAGGCGCGGACAGGGCGGAAGCGCAAGCCCGCGCGGUACAGGCGGAAGGGGUGAGCGCAAAACCGGAGAAUUUGGCGCAGCGCGCGCGGCUGGCGGAGGCGCAGGUGGACAUGGCGGAGUUACAGGCGCAGGUAGUAUGCGCGGAACUGCAGUGGAUACGGAGCGCCGUGGAGAGGCAAGAGGCGGGCGUAGCCGCCGUGUUGGCGGAACUGGCGGGGCUGCGCCAGCGCGUGCAGAGUGCGCGCAAGGGCGCGGAGGGGGAGGAUCGCGGGGACGCGGUGCAGGAGUCCGGGGAAGGGAAGAUGCGCGAGGUGCAGCAGGUGGAAGCGGCUGUAGCGUCGGCCGAGGCGCGGCUGUGGCGGGUGGAGGCAGCUGCUGCUGAUGCGCGCGCCUCACUCAUUGCCUUGGGGGGUGAAGCAAGGGAAUUGGGGGAAUUGGCGGGUAUUGCGGGGGGAGAGGGCGAUAUGGACGGAUUGUGUGGUGAGUGCUGGUGCGAGACUAGACUGGGGACCCAGCGAGUGGAAGGAAUGGUGGGAAUGGGGAUUGGGUGUGGUGGAGAGGUGUGCAGAGGGAUACGAGGGUGUGCGGGGCUUGAGGGGUACGGCGUGGGAGAGGUGGGUUUGAGCGCAGCAGAAUUUGCGUUGGAGCUACAGAGAAGGUUAGAGGAAGUGCAGAAGGAACUGGUAGCCAAAGGACAAGGGCACAGAGUGGUGCUGGAGAAGGAGGGGCGUGGAGGAGUGGAGGGGGAAGCUGGGGCAGCUGGGGCAACUGGGGGAGCUGGGGUUUUGCUCCCAGUGGAAGGAAAAGGGGAACAGCCAAUGGUGGAGAGAACAGAGCGAGUGAGAGGGGUCGACCAGGCGGGUGGUGGGGUUGAAACAGAUGGAGUAACAGUUUGUAAAAAGGCUUGUGAGAAAGGGGCAAAAGAGACUGAUUACGAAUUGCUGGUUGGGAAACAGUCAGGGUUGGAAGCCACUGGGCGGGAUGGAGAGGUGAUGAAGCCAGAGGGGGAGGCAUUGUCAGGUGCCGGUGAUUUGAGGUUUUGGGAUAGAAUAAGCGGGGAGAGCAAGCUGCUGUCGGGUGGUGGAGGGAAUGGAGGUGUUUAUGGAGCUGCUGCUGAUUCCGGCAGUGCAAAGGAUAUCCACGUGAACAUUGGCCUCACAAGCUCAGCACCAAUAUUGGCAUCACAAGCACGAGUCGACUCCUCAACCCAAAUGCACCAGAACCAGUUGUUUGGGACCAAAGCACGUCAGUGGCAGCCGGUGUCAAGAACAGAGGACCAAGAAGAGGCCAAGAUUCUUCGGGAUGCUAUGGAGUAUCUUAAGAAGGAAGUCGAACGAGCACAGAAAGCAGCACCACCAUUGGGAGCAGAUGAAAUUCGACAAGCUUACAGACGACUCGCACGCAUUUAUCAUCCUGACACUAACUCAUCAGAAGACACAGUACCGAAGUUUCUAGAAGUUCACGAAGCAUAUAAGUUUGCUUUGCGGCGCCAAGAGAGAGCCCAGGCAAAGGCUCUUCUAGAAUCUCAUGCCGGAGCUGACGAAAUUAGACAAGCAUACAGACGACUCGCGCGCAUUUAUCACCCCGAUGCCAGUGGCGCUGAGGACACAACAUCCAUGUUUCUGGAAAUCCACACCGCUUAUAAGUCCGCUCUCAAGCAUCAGGAGAGACGACAGGCCAAGGCAUCCAUUGCAUCUACGUCAGAAGCAGCCGUCAAGCCGUCCCCGUCAUCUCUUAAAACCCAGCAAAGACCCGCAAGGAGAAGAGACGAUUUCGACGACAUUUGGGACUUGAUGGGUGCGUCGCCUCGUCGACAGGCCUCUCCGCGGAGACAGACCACGCCCAAACACGUUUAG